GACAAUCAGGUCUUGUAGGUUUCAAAUAAAAGAUGGAAAUAAAGGCCGUCUGCGUUCUGAAGGAUGAGCACGAUGUGUAUCCUCAUCCCCACAACUUACAAGAUCCCGUCAGUGGUGUUGCUGGAACCAUCGCCUUUGAGUCGCAGAAAAAUGGAACAGUAUUAAUAAAAGGAAUUAUUACCGGAUUAACACAUGGAAAACAUGGGCUACAUGUUUGUGCCUUUGGAAAUCUUUUUAAUGGUUAUCACAGCAUAGGACCACAUUUCAAUCCUCGAAAGAAAACACAUGGUGGACAACAAGAUGAAGAAAGGCAUGUAGGAGACCUUGGCAAUGUUGAAGCUAAUGAAGAAGGCGUGGCUGAAUUUCAAGUAGAAGAUCACCUUGUUAGUCUUUCAGGAACUGAGUCUAUAAUUGGACGGGCUGUGGUGAUUCGGGCAGAGGAAGAUGAUCUGGGAAAAGGAGGAAAUGAAGAGAGCCUUAUAACAGGCAAUGCUACAACAGGUUUAGCCUGGGGAGUCAUUGGAAUAGCUGAAGUUGUUGCCAAGUAA